CAAAACGAAAGCAUUCCUAAACGGUGACCGUAACUUAGUGUCAUUUGUAAAAAGUAGGAGGUGGAAGAAAAGUGCAUGAAUUUUUCUCAGGUGCCUGUCACAUAAAAUAAUUCAUCAUGGAUAAAACAUUAAGUACUUCCAAUAAAAGUCUAGACACUAACAGUACAGAUUCCAAUGCCAUCAUGACUGAAAGAGGACGGUCACCUGUUCAGUCGUGGGUUCGCUUUGAAGAUGAUUCGAAAAAAGAAGAUUCUGUUGCGACAAUUGUGCCAACACAAACUAUUCAAGUCGAUAGUGUUCUUAAUACUUCUCUUCACUUAUCUGAUAGUUUGAAUUCCUCUGAUAUGGAAAUGAGUAUAGAUUCAAAACAUGAAAGAUCUUCCUCGCCUCCCCAUUCUGGGUUUUCAACUGGUCGAACUUCACCGAAAAAUGCUAUACCUCCACCUCCUGCUCCCUCCAGACCAGUGAGGAAGACAACAUCUGAAGUAUUGCCGUCCAGUAGAAGUUCUUGUCCACCAGACUUUGCCCAGGACAAUGGGCAUAGUCACAUGCAGAAUAUACCUUUAUCUGAAACAGUAGUUAUUCAUCAAAGACCUAAUAAUCAUGGUAUUAGCCAAGGAUUCAGUAAUGGGGAUGUUAUAGUGACUUUACUUCCUGUAAACCAAAAGUGCCCCUGGAUUACAAAAGCACAAUUUAAACCAGAACUGGUUCCAGAGGAACUCAUGGCUCAAGGAUUGACUUUAACUGUUGAAGACUAUGUCAUGACAAUGCAGGUCCUUGUCAAUGAUGUUCGUUUUAAUUUAUACAAUGUUUGUUACAAAAGAGUCCUCAUUUUAUGGAUAAUGCUAGGAUUCGUUAUUCUUUUGUCACUGCUAUUUUCUGGUGUUCGAGGUUUAGCUUUAUUUGGAGGUGGAAUUGUGUGGUUGAUUAUAAAUGCUGUUGGAAUAUUUGUUUGCAUGUGGUUGAAGAUAAAACUUUAUAGAAUGUUAGAGCAGUGUAUGGCAAGUGUAAAUGCUUUGAUGUACAAGCAUCGUAUUUUAGUUGGUUUGGAUGACAGAGGGAAGAUAUCUUGCCAUAAAGUGAAUCUUAUAUUUGUGUACUUUGAUGUGAGUUAUUGCAUUAAAUACCUAAAGGAUAUGCUUGAGAAUGAGGAAAAGAUAAAUAUGCAGGAAGCUGCUGCAUCUGAACCAAAAGGAAAUCAAUCAUCUAUUGAUCAGUCCAGAAUGGAUAUCGAUACUUCAGAUAUCAUAAUCACUGGUAGUAAUACUACGCGUGUUUGUCAAAAGGAGAAAUAUGCUGAAAAACUCUUUGUGCGAUAUAGCCAAAGGUGGGUGAAGGAAUUUGUUAGAAAACGUUUGGAUUUGAGGUUACCAUUGCAUCCUGAUGGUACUCUUGAGACAGGACCUCCUGCUCCACCACGGCACUGUGCAACAGCUAGGUGUCCUUGCCAAUUCAUUGAGGAGCAUUUGCGUUUUAAACCUACUUCAAAAUGUAAUAUACGGGAGCUGUUUUCAUAAAAUUAUCAUACAAUGUUGAAAGGAAUUUUAUAUUGUAUAUUAUUUCACUGUUUGAGAUUUUAAAGUUAUGGAAUGUGUCUCAGGUGACUGACACAUUAUCUAAUCAAAAGUUGUUUUUUUUAUUCCAUUAAAGUUAUUAGUUGUAAAACAAAAUGUAUUUUGGGGUUGAGUUUAGUGGCACUUGCACUGCUUUAUACUGGCCAUGCUUGUUUGUUUUUCUAAAUAGAAUCCAUCUGAGCCUAUGAGAGGAUAUCAUCUGCAUUUAAAUAUGCAGAACAGUUUUUGUUUAAACAUUUUAAAUAAGAAUAUUUAUUGUUGUUUUUAAGAAAUGAAACCUUAGCAUUUACUUAAACUGCCUUUUUGGAAAGAAAUUGUAUUUCUUGAAGUUAUCUGGAGUAGGUGUGUGGGUAGACAAUUUAGUGAUUAAUCAAAUGGGGUUGUAAAUAUAGAUGUUUAUGUAGGUUGUGAUAUAUGCAUGGAUUUUAAUAUAAUGUUUAUGUAAUAUAUAUAUACAUUUAUUUUUAAUAUGUAAUGUACUUGUUUAUUCAAUUAAAAUUUGAAAUUUUAAUUUGAAAUAUCAAAAAUAACUCUAUUCUCAUUCAAUUUUGUAGAUUUAUUGAAAUAUUAGAGCUUUUCAAUUUGGCCCAUUAAAACAUAUAAAAAUUCUCUGAACGAAUAUUUUAUUAGAAGAUGUUGAAAAUGGAAAAAAUGUUAAAUAUAUAUUUUUUUAUAUAAUUGCAUUUUAAAUGAAGGACUGUUUAAUAUAAAUAAGAAUUUUAUUUUUAAGAAGGCAUUUAUGUUGAAAAAUAACAGUAUUUUUUAAAUAAAUGUAUGAAUUUUAGGAAGUCUGCCUUUAAAUAUUGAGCUUAUACAAAUCGUGGAUUAAUGAAUCUUAAUAUAUUUUUAUUCAUUUGUGUGUUAUUGCAGCUAUUCUACUCUUGCUUGGUAUUCAGUACAACAUAUUAAAGUUAUACUAAAAUUUUUGUGCUAUAGAAUUGAUGACAAAUAAGAAACCCUUAAAUAUAUUUUUAAAAGACAGAUGCUCGUAGAGAUAAUAGAAUCUUUCAUUUUUUCACUACUUAUAGACAUGUGAUAUAAUGAAAUUAGCUGCACAUACGUAAUUAGGAAUCAACAGCUUUUCAUGCAUUUCUUGAUAAUUAUUAUAAACUGCAUUUAAAUGUUUAUAUUUUAUUUUGAAAGUUAUUUUUAGGCAAAUGCAGUAUUAUUU